UAGACUCCCAGCGUCCUCUGCGAGGCUCAAGCGGUCUAGGUGGUAGGAGCACCGUGUCGGGGCAGAACGGCCGCUAAGGCCCUGGAGAACCGGCCCUGGCACAAUGGCAAAGUGUGAGGAGGCGCCUGAGGCCUUGAAGGACCAGCUGGACGUUGCGCGUGGCCUUGAAAAUCUGCCUGUGAGCGCCUGGCCCCCAGGGGCAGAGCCUGAGCCCUUUCAGUAUACUCCUGAUCAUGUAGCUGGGCCUGGAGCAGAUACAGAUCCCUCUCAAAUAACCUUUCCUGGAUGUGCUUGUCUCAAAACUCCCUGCCUCCCUGGUACUUGCUCCUGUCUCCGUCGUGAGAAUAACUAUGACGAUCAUUCAUGCCUCAGAGAUAUAGGAUCCGAAGCAAAGUGCGCUGAGCCAGUUUUCGAAUGCAAUGUCCUGUGCCAGUGCAGCGAGCGCUGCAGGAACAGAGUGGUCCAGUGGGGUCUGCAGUUCCACCUCCAGGUGUUCAAGACGGAUCACAAAGGCUGGGGACUUCGUACCCUGGACUUCAUACCAAAAGGACGAUUUGUCUGUGAAUAUGCCGGUGAGGUGUUAGGAAUCUCUGAAGUGCAGAGAAGAAUUCAGUUACAAACAAUACAUGAUUCGAAUUAUAUUAUAGCCAUCAGGGAGCAUGUCUGUAAUGGGCAGGUAAUGGAAACAUUUGUGGAUCCUGCCUCUAUAGGAAAUAUUGGAAGAUUCCUUAACCAUUCUUGUGAGCCAAACCUGUUGAUGAUUCCUGUCCGAAUCGACUCGAUGGUACCAAAGUUGGCACUUUUUGCAGCCAGAGACAUUCUGCCAGAAGAAGAACUCUCUUAUGACUAUUCAGGAAGAUUUCUUAAUCUGAUGAAUAGUGAAGACAAAGAAAGGUUAGAUAACGGGAAAUUAAGAAAACCUUGUUAUUGUGGUGCCAGAUCAUGUGCUGCGUUCCUGCCCUAUGACAGCUCCCUGUACUGCCCCUCAGAAAAGCCAAACACGAGUGAGGAAGGAAGAGCAUAGGAGAAAUGUGUCUGGCCUCGCAGUGGAAGAGAAUGAGAAGGAUCCAAGCUUGUUGACUCAGCCCUUCCUGGGUUCCCUUCUUAUAAGCAAGUUACCCUCGAGGUUGGUCCCUGCUCUCCAGAAAGCAGCUCACUCAUCCCUUAGUCUACAGGAGCCCAGUGGUUGCCUGGCUGCAUAAGUUUAAUUUGGGAAUGUGGCAUAGACUACAGAUUGUCCAGCAACACUCUCUCCCUUCCUAUCAGAAUUCUCAGUUAUUAGCUGGGUAUGUGACUAUCGAGAACAUAGUAAGUACUCUACAUGCAAACAUUCAGGUUGCAAACUGUCAAAGAUGCAGACAUGCAUUCCAUCAGCGUCAGGUGUAAGCGAAGCCGCAGCUUGCCCUCCAUCUCCUGUUGCUGACGAUGCUUCAGCUCUACCAUCAUUCACCUCCUUUAGUCAGUAACUGUCCUUGCCUGUUCACUCAGCCAGCCCCUGUAUGCCAGCUAUUGUACUGCACUAAUGUACUUUUCCAGGUACUGUACUGUAAGAUUAAAAAUGUUUUCUUUUGUGUGUAUGUUUGUUUUUUAUGUAUUUGUGUGAAAAGUAUUAUAAACCUACCACAGUACAGUACUGUAUAGUCAAUUGUUUUAGUUGGGUGUGUGCUCAGUUAUGUCCAACUCUUUGUGACCCCAUGGACUGUAGCCCGCCAGGCUCCUCUGUCCAUGGAAUUUUCCAGGCAAGAAUUCUGGAGUGGGUUGCCAUUUCCUCCUCCAGGGGAUCUUCCUGACCCAGGGAUCAAACCUGAGUCUCCUGUGUCUCUUGGAUUGGCAAACGGAUUCUUUAUCACUAACACCACUUGGGAAGCUCGUGUUAGUUGGGUACCUAGGCUAACUUUGUUGGACUUAAUGAACAAAUUGGACUUAUUAACAUGCUCUUGGAACAGAACUCAUUCAUAUAUUACUGUACUCAUUCUUCCUAGUUAGACGUGUCUAAGGGACUAUGUUGCAGUUAGUGGAAUAUGAGGGAAAAUGUGUCCUUAAAUUGAGACAUCCUUCCCUUACCCACCGCUUUUUUCUUCUUGGCUGUAAGGUAUACAUGAUAACUGGAGCUGGAGCAUGCAUCCUAGUCCCCUAAAUGAAAAGGAAACCACACACAGCAAAGCAGCAACACUGAAAGGAGUCUGGGGAUGGUAUAUUGUGCAGUGCUCUGUACCAAUCUUGAUCUGACCCCUCUGGACUUUUAGGUGUGAAAUAGUCUUUCCAUCAUUGAUGCUACUGUUAUUUUGAAUUUUCCAGUACUAGCACCAAACCUAAUCAAUGAUCCAAGGACGCUAUGACUAUAUACCUAAGCCUUGCUUUACAAUCCAUUUUAUCAGUAAUAAAGCUGAUAUUUUCAUUUCUGUCUGACUCCUGCAUUUUAUUUCUCAUUUGUUGCUGAACAAAUCAAGGAAAAGGACAUGAUUGAUUAUCACCUACUAAAACCCUAACGAUCACCACCAACAAUGAAAACUAUAACCAUGAGGAUGACUUCCAUGUGUAUAACCAAAAGUCAUAAAAGGAAACAAACUAAAAAUUUUGCUAUAUACCAUGGCUAUACUGGAAAACUUGUGAAGUUAUGCCUCAGAACUUCAAACAGCUUCACUCCGUAUUUUAACAACAUGAAAAUAACACUGUCCACACCACUGAAGGUGGUGGAAAUUUUAUAAUUGCAUUUAAACUUCUGGAGAGGCAAACAUCUCUAACUUCCUUCCUUAAAGCAAGUGUUUGCUUCCUUAAAGCAAAAACAAAGCUACUGUGACGGUUUAUUAGACUUUUUGAAAGCUAAAAUGAUUACUUGGGCCCUAUAAUUUUUCUUGUACAUUUAAACUCUACCACCAAGAGACUGAGCUUUAAAAGGUAUAUCAUAAGGUCCCAUAUUAUAUAUAACAUUGUACUCCUGUAUAUCAUAAAAAGGAUUGUACAUUUAAGUGAAUGAAAUGUAUGGUAUGUGCAUUAUAUCUCAAUGAAACUGUUAAAGUAAUAACUAUGUUACAGUGUGCAUAUCCAUAUAACAUCAUCAGGAAUGAUUCCCUGUGAACAAAUGACACUAUAUACACAUAAAAUGCCCUAAACUACAAACAUACAAAUCUGUUCUAAAAGAGAACAGAUUUUUUCCUCCAAACUAAUCAUUUCUUCAUACCAACCUUCCUCUGUAACUCUGUUUCCUUUGAAGCAGUCCUGCUUUUUGUAAGGCAGCUUGUAACCUGAACUUUAAAAUGGCCUUUCAAGUGCUUCAAGUAAAUGAGCUACUUAAGAAGCAAUAAGGAGAGACUCCUCUGGUUGUCCAGGUUAAGAUUCCAUGCUUCCACUGCAGGGAAUGUGGGUUUGAUCCCUGGUUGAGGAACUAAGAAUCUGCAUGCUGUGUGCCGUGGUCAAAAAAUAAAAAGUAAAGAUAAAAUUUAACGACAACAUAAAAAGAAGAAUAAGGAAAUGGUCAGAAGGAACAUGAGUGGGUCACUGAUUCUACAAAUACCCUUUCCUUCGUCCCUCUGCUCCUUAUCUAUGUAUAAGCAGUUAGGACAUGAGCAGUACCUUCCAUGUGAUGUCUCUUCCAAAGACAACUCAGCCUUGGAGUUUUUUUGUACUCAUACACAAGUGUAUUCCUAAACAGCACAUAGUCCUGGAAAUCAGGUGGUGCUAGUGGGAAAGAAUCCACCUGCCAAUUCAGGUAGACAUUAAGAGUCGGGGGUUCACAUCCCUGGAUCAGGAAGAUCUCCUGGAGGAGGGCAUGGCAACCCACUCCAGUAUUCUUGCCUGGAGAAUCCCAUGGACAGAGGAGACUAGUGGGCUACAAUCCAUGGGGUCACAAAGAGUCAGACAUGACUGAGCACACGUGCACCUGGAAAUCAGAUUCCCAAAGUAAGAGUUAAGACUCUUUCGCAUCUUUUAUAGACACUGAAUUAACUGCAUUUACUUAAUUGCUAUCUUCCUAAAAAAGCUGACACAUACUUUUGAGAGCAAAUAUUAAAAGAUAUACUUCUAUUUGAUUAUUAUAAUAUAAAAAUAUAUAAAAUGAAAGUUGCUCAAUCAUGUCUGACUCUCUGCUUUUUACAAUUAUAAAUUACUAUAAAAUUAGAAUUUUAAAAGGUGGUGUGUGUAUUCAUGGAAUUAAAACAUAAAAAUAGCUCUUAUGUCAAUUUCCACUGAAUUCAUUAAGAAUGUGGAGAUAUGUACUUCAGAAAUUGUUUUUGCCCAAAAUAAUAACAUACUUGGAGAAUACAA